CUGGAACUCAUACUUAAUGUGUGUUGACACUUGAACUGUGGACUCCUGCCUGUCUUACAAACAUUCCGACGCUUCGACGAGCGGAACAAGGGCCCGUGCGUAACGAGACGACUUGACCAGGCUACGACGACCAGAAAGGGGGAACAGCCCGGCUGCCAGCGACGCUGCAUCAUCAGUCUCCGAGAGACAGAGAGAGAGAGAGAGGGAGACAGAGAGAGAGAGACAGAGAGAGAGUUCCACAACCACCAGGACGCCGCAGACAACCUCCAGGGCAUCUCAAAAUAAUCUUCCUGAAGUUGACCGCAUUCAAACAAGAUUUAGGUUCAAGGAAGUAAAACACACCGACGGAGUCACAGAGAGGUGAAAUGGCAGAGAAAGGAGGAGACGUUGCCUGUGACGUCUGCACUGGGAGGAAGGUGAAAGCUGUCCAGUCCUGUCUGGUCUGUCUGGCCUCUUAUUGUGAGAAACAUCUCCAACCUCACUAUGAUGCUCCUGCUUUUAAAAAACACCAGCUGGUGGAUCCCUCCAAGAAGCUCCAGGAGAACAUCUGCUCUCUCCACCAUGAGGUGAUGAAGAUCUUCUGUCGUACCGAUCAGCAGAGUAUCUGUUAUCUGUGUUCAAUGGAUGAACAUAAAGGUCAUGAAACAGUUGCAGCUGCAACAGAAAGAUCUGAGAGGCAGAAGGAGCUGGAGGUGAGUCGACAACAAAUCCAGCAGAGAAUCCAGGGCCGAGAGAAAGACGUGGAGCUGCUUCAGCAGGAGGUGGAGGACAUCAACGUCUCUGCUGAUAAAGCAGUGGAGGACAGUGAGAAGAGCUUCGACGAGGUGAUCCGUCUCCUCCAGAAAAGCAGCUCUGAUGUGAAGCAGCAGGUCAGAUCCCAGCAGGAACAUGAAGUGAGUCGAGUCAAAGAUCUUCAGGAGAAGCUGCAGCAGGAGAUCACUGACCUGAAGAGGAGAGACGCUGAGAUGAAGCAGCUCUCAGACACCGAGGACCACAACCAGUUCCUCCACAACUACCCCUCACAGUCACCCCUCAGUGGCUCCACACUCUCAUCCAGCAUCCAGAUUCGUCCUCUCAGAUACUUUGAGGAUGUGACAGCAGCUGUGUCAGAGACCAGAGAGAAACUACUGGACCUUCUGAGAGAGACGUGGACAAACAUCUCACUGUCAGUGGCUGAAGUGGAUGUUUUACUGUCGGAACCAGAACCAAAGACCAGAGCUGGAUUCUUAAAGUUUUCACAAGACAUCACUCUGGAUCCAAACACAGCUCACGAACAAUUGUUUCUGUCUGAUGGGAACAGAAAAGUAACACUACUGAACAGACAAAAGUCUCUUUCCAGUCAUCCAGACAGAUUCACUACUUGGUGGCAAGUGCUGAGUAAAGAAAGUGUGACCGAACGUUGUUACUGGGAGGUGGAAUUUAGAGGAGGAGGAAUUCGUGUUGCAGUUGCGUACAAGAACAUCAGCAGGGCAGGGAGCUCAGAUGACUGUGGGUUUGGACACAAUGACAAAUCCUGGGCGUUACAUUGUGAAACAAGCAGUUAUUCAGUUUGCCACAGCAACUAUCAACUAUCAACUCGCGUCUCAGGUCCUCCUUCCACCAGAGUUGGAGUGUACCUGGACCACGGAGCUGGUCUUCUGUCCUUCUACAGCGUCUCUGAGACCAUGACCCUCCUCCACAGAGUCCAGACCUCCUUCACCCAGCCGCUCCACGCCGGACUCUGGCUUGAUUAUGCUGAUGAAAACACUGCUGAGUUUGUUUCCACUAUUGCUUGCUGAGAACUUUUCUUCACUGCUUAGCUACAUAUCAGCUGUCAAUCAUUCUACAUGGCCAGUACUUGGAUGUUUUUUUAGGGCCCGAGCACUGACAGUGCGAAGACCCUAUUGUAUCUAUAGGAAUUUUUCUCGUUUUUUUUUUCCCGACAAAAUGAGGGCCUAUUUUCCCCCUAAACGUGCCCCAAAAGUCACCAAAUUUUGCACACAGGCCAGGCCUGGCGAAAAAUGUUAUAUUGAAUGAUUUGCAUUAGUGGGCGUGGCCUAAUGGCUUAACAGCGCCCCCUAGAAAACUUUGUGACUCAAGCCCCACAAUACGGUUUGACGUACAUGCACGAAAAUCGGUACACACCUGUAUCAUGUCGCAACUUAAGGAAAAGUCUCUCUGUGCCAAAAAAAUUACACGAUUAAUUCAAAGUGGCCGACUUCCUGUUCGGUUUCGGCCAUUUUGAAUUAAUCGUCUAAUUUUGGGGCAAUUUAUGCCCCAAACAAACUCCUCCUAGAUCGUCCGUUCGACAUAAAACUCGCUCAGGAGACACAAAAGACGUUAACGAUGAAAAGUUAUCAAAAUCGUGAGUUUUCGUGAAAUGGCGUGGCCGUGGCACCACGUCAAACUUCAACGUUAAACAGGAAGUGAUACUAUUAGCUGAUUGGUCGAUAUUUGAUAGUUCCUAAUUUCUGCCAUAACCUUUGAAUGGUUUGACAUAAAGAGUUGUGGGUGGUGUCAUCGGACUCGGUUUUGAGUCCUUGACCAUAAUUGGUGCAAAUUAGCCCCACCCCAUCUUCUGAUUGGUCGAUAUUUGAUAGUUCCUAUUUUCUGCCAUAACUUUUGAAUGGUUUGACAUAAAGAGUCAUGGGUUGUGUCAUCGGACUUAGUUUUGAGUCCUUGACCUUUAUCUGUGCAAAUUCCACGUGCAAGGGCCUGUUCAUUGCUGUUUGCAGCUUUAAUUUAUGUUUGAUUUUGAUUUGAUGGCUAUUUCCUGUGUCUGUUCAUCCAUGGAGGGUUUCACUGCUAGUGAUUAUUUUAAUUCACCUAAAAUAUUUACUUGUAUUUGUUUGUCACAAAAACCCUUGUUGAAACUGAUGAAUAGGUGAAAUUAUCAUUAUAAUAAUGAAAUCAAGUGAUGAGUCAUUCUUUGUACAUAACUAAUAUUUUGAGUGAAAUAAUUUCACUUGAAUCUAUGUGUGAAUUCAUUGAACAGUGAAUUAUGUUUCUGAUUAUGAUUGAACCUGUCGACACACUUUUCUUACUUUUAUACUUUUAAUAACCUUAAACUCACUCUUUUAUUUUGUCCUCAACUUGAUAUAAUUAUAUUACUCAUAAUGGUUUUGUCAAAUCUUUGGGCAAACGCAUUUACUGU